AUGGCGAACUUUAAAUCGCUGGACCCAAGAGAGAGAAAUAACGUCACUUCCGGCGAGGGAAUUUGUCUUGGCCUAAAGAACAUCAUCAGAAAGAAGCCCUUUGACUUCUUGAUCAAGCGUCGCAGCAACUCGACACCGCGUGGUCCAGCAGCUGAGCAUGCAGCUCAACGUGCGACUGCAACCACUCAGAACGAGUCAUCGCAGCAGCAGCAUCGACGUCGCCACCGCAGCUGGGUGGACCACGAGAGCUCGCCCUACAAUGGAGAGUCCAUGGCUCUAUUGGUCAGCAAUGACUUGGCUCUAAAUGGUGGAGCUGUUAGCAAUCCUGGAGGCGUUUGUAGCCCCCACCAAGUGGGCAAGUUGACGAACGCAUUGAUGUAUGGUGUCAUCAACUCCAUCCUGACGAUCCCGUGCAUGUACGGCUACGCAGCCAUCAUCUUCAGCCAUCCGGACUUUGCCAGCUUCAUGCCGGCGCUGUCUAAGCUCGUCAUGUUCUCCAGCGUCGUACACCAAGUCAUGUUCACGCUACUGAGCUCGCUUCCGUUCGCUAUCGGACAGGUGCAAGAUGCAGGGCUCAUCUUCCUCAGUGCCAUCGCAACGUCCAUCUGCAAAUCACUGGGCGAAGAGGUCUCGCUGGAAGCCAAAGUGACGACCACGGUGGUGACAAUUGGGCUGGCCACAGCGUCACUCGGUGUGGUGCUGGUACUGCUGGGCAAGUUCAAACUGGCAGGACUCGUGUCGUAUCUGCCGAUGCCUGUGGUUGGAGGCUAUUUGGCCUUUAUUGGACUGUUCUGUAUGUACGCCGGUUUGUCGCUAUGUACGGGACUGGUGAUCAAUGAUUUCUCCUCCAUGAUGCAGAUCUGGGACCCGCACUUCUUGCUUCUCUGCAUCCCUGGGGUCGUGGGCGGCGUGAUUUUGUUGCUGGUGUCGCAGCGCUGUGAGAACUCGUUCGCGCUGCCUGCUACGAUUCUGUUGAUGCCUCUACUCUUCUUCGCUGUGCUAGCGCUCUGUGGUGUCUCGUUGGACGAAGCUCGAGACUAUGGAUGGGUCGCGCCGGCCUCGGAGCCCGCUGGCUUCGUGCAGAUGUUCGACCUGUUUGAUUUCUCGCAGAUGCACUGGAACCAAGUGCCUCGACAACUCACAACGUGGAUCGGUAUGACGUUCGUUGUGGCCUUCUCGUCGUGUCUAGACGUGGCAGCUAUCGAGAUGGAUAUGGGCAGUCAGCUCAACAUCAACCAUGAGCUUAAGUCUGUGGGCUGGUCCAACGUUGUGAGUGGACUGCUGGGCGGAUACACCGGCUCCUACAUUUUCUCCCAGACGAUCUUCACGUACCGUUCCAAGAGCAACUCGCGCGUGGUUGGCGUGUGCGUCAUCAUCUCCGAGUUCGCCAUCGUGCUCGUGCCAUUGUCAGUGAUGAGUCUCGUGCCUCGUUUCUUCUUCGCCGCCACGCUGAUCUUUAUCGCUAUCGACCUCAUGAUGGAGUGGCUAGUGCAUGUGUACCACAAGAUCUUGCCGAGAGAGUACGUGGUGUUGUUGCUGUCUUUCAUCGCAAUCAACAUGGUGUCGCUCGAGCUGGGGAUGAUACUGGGCAUCGGCUUUGCCAUUAUCAACUUCUUGUUCGGCUAUGCGCAGGUUCGAGUUGUGAGCCGUAAGUGUCGCUCUUCCGCUGCAGUGCGUAAACUCGCAGCACGCACGUUUCUCGGUCAAAAACGCGAUGCUAUUGUGUACUUAGAGCUGUAUGGCUAUUUGUUCUUCGGCUCGUCGGUUCAGAUCCUUGAAGACGUACAGAAGGCUGUACACGUCCGCAAGUCUCGAGCUACUUUGAAGCAGAAGUCGAGUAAGGGAAUGGAUACGGAGCCACAUUACGCUGACGACUCCGGUAUCCCGCUCACCCCUGUGUCCAAGCGUGACGUCCCAAUUGAGUGCUUGGAUGGCAGUCCUGCGCCACACCCGGACGGUCUGCCGACUGAGUACGUCGUCAUGGACUUCAAUCGCGUUUCUGGUAUGGACGCGACGGCUGCUCGUAGUGCCUUCAUGAUCUUGCAACAAUAUUGCAAGCGUCAUGACAUCACUGUCAUUUUCGCAGAUGCACUACCAGAAAUCCGCCGUUUGUUAUUGAAGAACGAGAUCGCAGAGGAGGAAAACUUCUUCCUCAAUGCUGAUUCCGCCUUGGAGUUCUGCGAGAACCAGCUGCUGGUAAACACCAAUCAUUCCCAGGAUAUAAAACACAGCCACGAGUCCAUGAGUGUGCUGCUUCACCGCUUUAUGGGCGAACCGGAUGACUCGCCGCUCUUCCGUGGCGUCGACCAGUUUUUCCGCAAGUACGAAGUGCCUCAAGGCUACGAGUUCUACCGUGUUGCGUCCUACCCAGACCGCUUCUACUUCCUCGCCAGUGGCCGUGUUGCGCUCUUUAUGAACGACGACGGUAGUGUAGUCCCAGGCAAACCGUUGACUCUACUAGAGAACGUGAUGCCCGGCGCCACGUUCGGCGAGGUUGACUUCUUCGGCCGUCAGUACCGAUACAUGGCAGCCAGGGCGUUGGAGCCCUGCACGGUGUUCGAGAUGACCCGCCAGACUUACGAGUCCAUGGACGAGUUGGCGCCUGCUCUCUGGAACCGCCUCCGCGACGUCGUCAUGCAGUCCAUGGCCUUGUCGAUCACCAACACGACCUCUUUCAACACCCUCAACAACGCCAAUGGUCAUCUCCCAGGAUCUAACCAGCAAUGA